CCGGCGUGCGCGUGCGCGUGCGCGUGCGCCGGCCGGGAAGCGGCGGGGCGGAAGGUGCGUGUGGGGGAUCGGAGCCCCGGGGAAAUCUUCUGUCCGCGUCGGAGAUUUCCUGUGAUCGCCGGUGCGAUCCAAAGCAAGGGUUGUUCUUGCCGAUUCUUCAGCGGUCGUAAGGAAACCGAGAAGAUGGUGAAUGUUCUGAAAGGUGUUCUGGUUGAGUGUGACCCAGCAAUGAAGCAGUUUCUGCUCUACCUGGAUGAGUCAAAUGCUUUGGGAAAGAAGUUCAUCAUACAAGACCUGGAUGAAACGCAUGUCUUUGUAUUAGCAGAGUUGGUCAACUUCCUCCAGGAGAGAGUGGGCGAGUUAAUGGACCAGAACUCCUUUCCUAUUACUCAGAAGUGAGAAAAACGAGAGAAAUUAGAUUACUGCAAGUUUUGGAACAGUGAAUUUCAAUAGCUUGGGCGGUUACUGUUUUAAUAGAUAGCACUGUGGCUUGUAAGUUCUACAUAGAAGUGGCUACUCUAGAAAAUGCAUCAUUUUCAUAGACAAAAUAGUCUGGAAUUGGAUUUUGUUUCUCAUUUUGAAAGAAUGUGGUAUCUUUAUUAAAAUGCUUAAAAUUAUACACUUGAGGACUUCCAUUUAGAAUUUUUGAUGCAUGCUCUCUGGUUUUCCUUUAGGCUUUUUAUCUUGCAAGAUGAUAUGACCCAAAAAGUAGAGUAGUGCUUCUGUACUGGAAUGCUGUAUGAGGUUCUCUGACAUGUUGUGUUCCUGUAGAAUUGAUUGAAUCUGAUUAUAGUGUGACUGAUAAAAAGUAAAGAAUGUCUGUUGAAGCAUAA